GCUUCUUUUCUUUGGUUAUCAUGAGCUUCAUGUCGAACCCAUGAAGGAGACAAACUUGUCAUCUUUUCUGAUAAUUAUCAUUUGAUUUUAAUGUUUUCUUAAGAAAACUUUAUUUCAUUAACUUUCACUGCAGUUGGGAUAGAUAUUGCAGUUUUUAGAAUUAAGCAAGCUAGAGAAAAGUGUCAGUUCUGUAUGUCUCACUCUUGGGUUAGGUCCCUUUUAGUUCGAAAGAGGCAUUAUGGUUCAUCAAUCUUAUAUAAAAGCACCACUGCUUACUCACUUUCAACUGAAGUUAACAACUUUAUCCCAACAUUCAAAUUUUCGUCAGGAUUGCUGUUUAAUCGUGCUAGUUUUAUGAAUGAUAAUAGAGUUGUUUAUACGGGUUGGAGGUUUUGUCAGUUAAGAGAAAGAUGGCAGCUUUCUCGAGCGUUUUGCUCGAUACAUAAAAAUGAGAUGUCAGAGUUGGAUUCUGAUGAUAUAAUAUGUAGUGAGUUAGAUUCUGUUGUCAAGGAGGAAAAGGUUUCGGAUGAAAAAUUGAUUGACUUCACGAAGAUUGACAGUAAUUUGCUUCCCACUGUAAUUAUUAUUGGGCGCCCAAAUGUGGGAAAAUCAGCCCUUUUCAAUCGGUUGAUUCGGAGGAGGGAGGCUCUUGUGUACAACACACCAGAUGAUCAUGUUACUCGGGACAUUAGAGAAGGCCUUGCCAAGCUGGGUGAUUUGAGGUUUCGAGUGUUGGAUUCAGCUGGUUUAGAAACAGAGGCAACUUCAGGGUCUAUUCUGCAAAGAACAACGAGCAUGACUGCUAACGUGCUUGCUAGGACUCAAUUUGCAAUUUUCCUGAUAGAUGUUAGAGCUGGACUGCACCCAUUGGAUGUGGAGGUUGGAAAGUGGUUGCGCAAACAUGCUCCUGGAAUCAAUCCUAUAGUAGCAAUGAAUAAAUCUGAAUCACUUUGUGAUGGUGCUGGCUCUAUUGAGGAGGCUGCUGAUGAAGCACGUAUGCUAGGAUUCGGGGAUCCUAUUGCUAUAUCUGCUGAGACAGGGCUAGGUAUGACAACACUCUAUGACUCGCUUGGGCCUUUGCUUGUGGACUAUGCGCUCAAUGUCCUGAAAAAUAAUUGUAACCAACACAGCAGCAAUGAUGCCACUCAUUAUGAUAGCUCAAGUGAGGUUGAGGAGGACUCUAAGCUACCAAUGCAGUUGGCUAUUGUAGGGCGGCCCAAUGUUGGAAAAUCAACCUUGCUAAAUACUUUGUUACAAGAGGAACGAGUGUUGGUGGGUCCAGAGGUUGGUCUGACUAGAGAUUCUAUUAGAUCACAGUUUGACUUUCAAGGAAGAACUAUUUAUUUGGUUGACACUGCAGGUUGGUUGCACAGGACAGGCCAGGAGAAAGGACCGUCAUCAUUGAGCAUAGUGCAAUCCAGAAAAAAUCUGAUGAGGGCUCAUGUGGUUGCUUUGGUACUUGAUGCAGCAGAGAUUGCUAAAGCCAGACGUAGCAUGACACAUGCUGAAGUAGUUAUAGCAAGACGGGCUGUGGAAGAAGGACGUGGAUUGGUUGUCAUUGUGAACAAGAUGGAUCUUCUGCAAGGAAAACAAAAUUCAAAGUUAUUUGAGAAGGUUAUGGAAGCUGUUCCCUUAGAGAUUCAGACAGUUAUACCGCAGGUUUCAGGUAUACCUGUUGUAUUUAUUUCAGCAUUAGAGGGUAGGGGCCGGACAGCUGUCUUGCGUCAGGUCAUAGGUACAUAUGAAAAAUGGUGCUCAAGAUUACCCACAGCUCGGCUGAACCGUUGGUUGCACAAGGUUAUGAGCAGACAUUCUUGGAAAGAUCAGGCUGCACAACCAAAGAUCAAGUAUUUCACCCAGGUGAAGGCCCGUCCACCAACUUUUGUUGCCUUCACAAGCGGGAAGACACGAUUGUCAGAUACAGAUCUGAGAUUCUUAACAAAGUCUUUGAAGGAAGACUUCAACUUGGGUGGUAUUCCCAUCCGGAUCAUGCAGCGGUCUGUUCCCAAAAAAAGCGCAGGUCGCGGGAGCAAAAGCGGUCAAUCUACUGGCAGGAUGGCUGAAAGAAUGUUGUCUGAUAAGAGGAUUGUUGCUGCUUAACACAAAAUAUUUUGUAGGAUAUGAACACAAGAUGAGCUGCAACCACAAAUCAAAUUCCCUGGAUCCAAGCAGGGGCAUUCUCUGUUCUGACUGCAUGGCCUUGAGCUUUUGUCUGAUAGCUGGGGCAGUUGCCCUGCAGAACUCACAGAUGAGUGUGACAACCAAAUUCUUGCUAGCGAUUGAAUGAGAUGUCUAGUGGCAUCUGUAACUGCAAGCAUAAUCCAACAAACACCUUUGUUUUUCAGUACAAUUGAGGGGACAUGCACAUGUGAGGAAAUAGUUUGGGUGGCUGCAGGAGUUUGUACAUGCACAUCUAUUUUUUUUUUUUAAUUUAACUUAAUAAAUAUUUAAAUUUUAUUAUCGCAACCUCUAAAAAAUUUUUAAUUUUCGAUUUAAUUUAACCAGUA